AUGGAGAACGAACGUGGCGAGCUCGUGGACCUCUACGUCCCCCGCAAGUGCUCUGCGACCAACCGCAUCAUCAAGGCCCAGGACCACGCCUCCGUCCAGCUCUCCAUCGGCAAGGUCGACGAGAACGGCAGGUACACCGGCGAGAACCAGACCUACGCCCUCUGCGGCUUCGUCCGCGCCAUGGGCGAGUCCGACGACUCCCUGAACAGGCUGGCGCAGCGCGACGGUUUCCUGAAGAACGUGUGGAGCGCUAGCCGAUAA